GCGCUCCGAGCAGCCAGCGAGCGCUCAGUGCAGUCUGGCUCAGACCCCGGACAGUGGCUCUGUGUUGUGUAUAAUAUUAUAUGUAUUCUGUCGUUUUUAAAGCGUAAAAGAAUGCUCAGCUAAUUAUAGCAAUCGUUUGUUUUAUUGUAUUCUGCAGGACGUUAAGUGUUGGUAUUUAGUUUGCGGUUAUCGAAACGGUUGGACGCGGACAUGAAUGACAUCAAACUGGCUGUGCUGGGCAGCGAGGGAGUGGGGAAAUCAGCUCUCAUCGUUCGGUUCCUGACGCGGAGGUUCAUCGGGGAGUACGCCUCGUUGACCGAGUGUAUCUACAGAAAGCGUCUAACUCUGGAUGGGAGACAGCUUAACGUGGAGCUGUAUGACCCCUGCUCACAGGUGUGUGCGGGGAAGUCUGCGCUGAGCGACCAGAUCCACUGGGGCGACGGUUUCUUGGUCAUCUACGACAUCAGCGACCGGUCCUCCUUCCAGGCUGCCAAGAACAUCCUCCACCUGAUGAGAGAGACGCACCCAGGGGCCAGCAAAAGGGACGGUGAGGCGGCGGCGGGCCGGCCGGUGGUGCUGGUGGGCAACAAGCAGGACCUGUGCCACAUGCGGGAGGUCGACCACGAGGAGGGCCAGCGCCUCGCCGCCGACCACCGCUGCGGCUUCCUGGAGCUGUCGGCGGCGGAGCACAGCCAGGAGGUGGCGCUGGUGUUCUCCAAGGUGGUGCAGAGCGUCUGCGCGGGCAGCAAGGCCAAGGAACGCCGCCGCCGGCCCAGCGGCUCCAAGUCCAUGGCCAAGCUCAUCAACAACGUCUUCGGGAAGAGGAGGAAGUCGGUGUGAGGGGUCGGAGCCCCCCCCCCCCCCCCCCCCCCCACACACCCUUUUCCGCCCAGGUCCAGGGCUCAACGUCAGUUGGGGUUUGAACCCAGUGGUCGUCGGGACGAGACCCAAAAGUGGGUCACGCCGUGAAACAGGUGUGGGAAUCCCCUGAUGUAGACGUUCUAGAAUUAAACCCCACUGCCCUGUGUCAACCUGUUGCAGUUGCUUCUGAAUGCUAAUGGCGUUUAUAUUCAAAAAGCAACGCUAAACUCUUAAGGAAAAGCGCGGCCACAGUGCCACCUACAGGUCAUCAAAGUAAUUUGAUCUAUCGUUUGUUUGUGUGGUGAUUGACGCUUGGAUCCAAUACAUCCUCUCACCAGAGGGGGCGCUGUUGCGGUUUCCAUUUAGUGUUUGGUGACAAUUUAAGAUUCAUUUAUGUCCGAAUUAAUUUCAUAUUGCUGAGGUAAUAUUCUAUAGCACUUAUUUGACUGAAUCUCUCGCUACAACCCCAAUACUGCUGUGGGUUAAAAACAUACUUUUUAUGCAGUGAUAUUGUCUUGGAAGAGUUAAUUAUAAAUCCUAGUGUGACAUAGGCCUAAUGAACCAAAGUAUUGUGCUUCCCUUUUGGAAGAAUUGAGCGUUGAGGGAUUAUUUCUUCGGCUUUGUUCUGCUCUUUCUCUGGGAUUAAUCGGUCGCGGGUCAGGUCACACCCCUCAGAGUUCGUUCCAUCUGAGGACAAAUCCAACGGGCGAUGAAAGGAACGUAAAUCCCACGGAAUUAUUAUCUGUUCUACUCAUUUUUUGUUGUACAUAGUGGUUGAUCCUUUAACUGAGUUCACAGCAAAUUAUCACAGACAAAGAAUGUGUUACUUGGAGUCUGUAACAGAAGGAGCCUGAGAAAGUGAUGAGUGUAAAUAUGUUGGUCCAAGAAUUAAACAUUUGUAUUGCUUGAUA